AUGAGUCGUCCUGACAAUGCGCAGAACGAGGCCAACGACAAUCCUGAGCCCAUCCACCUCGAUGCCGACGAGAAACCCACGACAGGAGGCGCUCAGGACGCCGAGAAGCAGGCCGCGUCCAACGAGAAUGCACACAACGACAAUUCACAUGCCGAACGCGCUCGGGAGAAGGAGGAGGCUCUAGAGAGGGAAGAGACACAGCAGAAGAAGGACGAUCCCAAGCCCGAAGGCGCCAGCGACGACCAACCCGCUGGCGGCUACGAUGACACGCCCAUCCCCAAAGCUCCGCCAGGCUGGACCGUCAAGAUCACCUUCCACCGCGCGACCAAUCUCCCAAUGGCCGAUAUCAACUCCAUGUCCUCCGACCCCUACGUGCUAGCCCAGAUCAACACCGACUUGCCUAAGCGUCACAAGGAAGACCCUCUUCUGCGCAUGCGCACUCCCACCAUCCGUCGCAACACCGAUCCCGAGUGGAACUUUGAAUGGAUUGUCGCCAACAUUCCCUCGUCGGGCUUCAAGCUCAAGGCUCGUGUCUACGAUGAGGACCCCACCGACCACGAUGACCGCUUGGGAAAUGUCCACAUCUCCAUCCACGAGCUUCACGAGGGCUGGCAGGGUAUUCAAGAGCAGCCAUACAAAAUCAUGAAGCGCUCAGGCAGCAAGCGAGCCUAUGCAAUUCGCGCUGUGGCUGCCUGCAUGAGCAAGGCCAAGCACAUGAACGGCAACCUCUAUGUAAGUGUCGAACUCGUCGGUCGCACAGACAUCGACAAUGGUGGACACGUCUUCACCGUCGGUCCACAAUGGUGGAUUAGGCAUCAAGCUCCCAUGCUUGGUCGUAUCGCUGGUCGCAAAGAGCCCAACGAAGAAGGCAAUGCUCAGUCCGAGAAGGAAAAGGCAAAGACAGAACGCUACAACUUCCAGGCCAACCAGAUUCAAUUCCGUGGCCCUGUGCCAGACGGGCUCUACCAUCGCUAUGUUGAGUUCCGUCCUUUCGUCAAGCAGAUGUUCACUUCGACUGGUGUGCGAGGAUGGGUCUUGUCAAAAGCCCUGCAUCACCAACACGCAAGAGUAUACAACUUUGACCGCACUACCAAAUGGGGCCAUUUCCCUCAAGGUCCCUGCAAGGAGAUGACCCAGGCCUUCCUCGACUUGGUACAUUACGAUGAGGGUGGCCGUAUCUUCACCUACGUCUUGAGUCUCGACUCGCUCUUCCGUUUCACAGAGACAGGCAAGGAAUUCGGUAUCGACAUGUUGAGCAAGCAUACCAUGCACAGCGACGUGAGCAUCUAUAUUGCCUUUUCCGGCGAGUUCUUCAUUCGACGUCUGAAGUACAAGAACAAGCCUCCACCGCCAGACCCAGCCGACACUGGUAGUGGUGCCAGCAGCGACAACGGCGACCUACACAACGAUGGUACAAACGAGUCACACCCUCCUCACGACCUCAACAACGGCCCUCCCAACGAGGAACCCCCGAAGGAUCCCGCACACUAUCAACUCGUCAUUGACAACGACAGUGGUACCUACCGUCCCAACGCCAAGAUGCUACCCCUGCUCAAAAAGUUCCUCGCUGCCAACUUGCCAGGCCUCCACAUCCAGACCCUCGACUGCCAAAAGGACGAGAAGAAGAUGAACCGCAUGAAGCAAGCUCAACGCGACCGCAAGAAGAAGGAAGGCGAUCACAUUGUCUGCGCUCAAGCCGGCAGCGAUGCUAGCAGCAUCAGCAGUUCAGACGAAGAGCAAUUGGAUGCUCUUGAACAAAGUGCUGUCGACCAAGAAGACCAAAACGAGCGUGGGCUUGCAUAUCAACUCAAGCAGGAUGCUGGAUUAAGGGGUAAAGCCAAGUUUGAGCAUCUGAAGCGCAACAUUCCUGGUCCUGGAAGUAAUAGACCGUUGGCUGGUGAGGAGGAGUAG